UUUUGUAAACAAUCCAGUAAAAAUACUAACUAAGGAUAAUCGUAGGAUUUUAAGUUAGUGCAAGAUAGUGCCUUACAUGCCCAAGGGUGCAGCCAAGAACCGCAAAACACACGCAUCCGUAAUCAGUCUUUUUCGCAAAGAAUUUCCGUGAAUCACCUCGAGUUUUUGAGACUUUGAUACGCCUCCACAAACUUUAUCAGUAAAAACUACGCGGAAAUGGGGGACUACGAUUGGACUGAGCAUCAUCGUCAGCAAGUUUUACAAGGAAGGCAGAUAUUGGAACGAACCUCCGCUAGCUUGGCCCGCUCGAACCAAAUUGCGAUCGAAACCGAACACACCGGCCAUGAGGUCAUCUCGGAGUUGGAAGUUCAACGGGAAUCGCUGCUACGUAGUCAAAGGAGGUUGGAGAAUGCCAACGAACAUCUCAGCAAAUCGGGGGCCAUCCUACGGGCGAUGAAACGAAACGUUCUUUACAACAAGCUCAUACUGAUUUUGAUAAUCGUGAUGGAGGUAGUGAUCCUCGCCGGUAUGAUCUACUUGAGGUUUAUCCACUAAAGCACCCCAUGAGCAAGGUGUUAACAAUUGUUAUAUGCAAACUAUUGCUUUUAUUAUGAUAUACUUACAUAAUUAGAACCUCCAUAUUACAUAACAUUAACGUAAAUAUUCAUUUAAUAAAAAAAAAUGUUUUAACACA